AUGAUUUCCACAAGGGGGAUGGACAUUAAACUCCGGGAGACUGCAGAAGGCAUUGGGGAAGACAGCACAGGAAAGAAAAAAUCCAAAUUCAAAACUUUCAAGAAGUUCUUUGGGAAGAAGAAGAGGAAAGCUUCCCCCUCAUCCACAGGAAGCAGCACAUGGAAACAAAGUCAGACAGAGAGUGAAGUCACUGCCUUGGACUCUGGGCCAGUGGGCUAUGACUCCGAGGAUGAGUUGGAGGAGUCAAGGGGUGCGCUGGGCAGCCGAGCCCUCUCACACGACAGUAUCUUCAUCCCUGAGUCUGGGCAGGACCCUACUCGACCUGUGCGGGUAUUUUCUCAAGAAAACGUGUGUGAUCGGAUCAAAGCUCUGCAGUUAAAAAUACAGUGUAAUGUGAAAAUGGGGCCACCACCGCCCCCAGGGGGACUUCCUAUCAAGCGUGGAGAUGAUGCUGGCAUGAGUUCUGAGGAUGAUGGGUUGCCCAGCAGCCCCCCAGAGAUGUCCCUCUUACACGACGUUGGCUGUGGCACAACCAUAAAGGUCUCUUUAGUUUCUUCAUCACAGCCACUAUCUCUGGACCAUGUGAGUGACACCUCAGUAUCCCCUCGGACCUCAGACAGCAGCAUCGCACCCAUGGCUGACUUCAGUUACCCUCCAGAAUUUUCCUCCUGCCUGGACAACUCUGCAGCCAAGCACAAGCUCCUGGUGAAGCCUCGCAACCAGCGGUCAAGUAAAAUGAGGCGGCUGUCUUCGCGAGCACAGUCUGAAUCCCUGAGUGAUCUGACCUGUACCCCUGAGGAAGAGGAACACAGUGAGAAAGUCAGCAUGGAGGAGAACCCCAGUUCUAGGCAGCAGGGUUUGGAGCCGGACAGGGGCACUGAGCCAGGGGAGCCAGCUACCAUGCUGCUACCCGGGGGAACCCGUGCGAGGCGGGCACGCCUGCGGCACUGCCCGGCACUCAGUGUCAGUAUGGAAGAGGAGAGCUUACCUGCGGACGAGCCCCCAGGUCACCUGGAAACCCCAGAGGUCACCGAGCCCGAGUCAGGUCCAGCCCUCUGCUUGGAGCCCCCGUCGCCACCAGAAUGCUCUUCACACCAUGACCCUGACAAUGAAGAGCAGAGGGAGGAGCUGUCCAUUCCAGACGUGGGUGUCCCGGAUAUAGACACAGCGGAUGAGGUGUGUUGUGCUUCUCGUGACAGCGAAAGUGAAAUACCUGUGUGUGUCCCCGAGGAGAACGUGGUACUUCCAGAGACUAUCACUGUCACCACCUUGGAGAUGCCUUCCAGUCCAGAUGGGCCUGAUCAAUGUAUCCAGAAGGAGGUGGAACUGCCCCUGGAUAUGCCCAGUCCUGAGGGAGCAGGGACAGAACCUUCUGUGGCCCCUGCCCCAAGCCCACAGGUCCCCAAGAGUUGCCUGAAGCACAAAGCCCUGUCAGUGAGUGUGAGCCACAGCAUGUCCCCAAUACCUCCUGCCUCGGAGUCUCCUCCCGGGGAGGACAAAGAGGUCUCCCUCCUUGAACAACCCAAGACUGACCAUUCAGAGUCUCUACAGGGGGGUCCCACGAGAGCACCUCCAGAGCGGAAAACAGAGAGAGGAAGCAAUGAGAUGGCAAGCGUGAAGAAGUUCUCUGUGUCCUCUUGCAGGGCACGGCUACGCACAAACAGUGCCCGCCUGCUGGAGCAGCCCAGCCCUGGGGGUCCCCCUACUGUCCGGCUGCCCCUUUUGAAGAGUAGCCUGGCUUGGAAGAGCGAGGCAGCCCUCGAUGAACUCCAGGUGGUUCCUGAGCCCCACAACAUACAACAGGACCCUCAGAAGCCACCGUCACCAGUGGAGUGUGCUUCUGAGGACUCAGGGGAUCAGGUGGCCAACCAGGCUUUACUGGACAGGAGCACCCAGGAUGGGGCAACCAUACCAGCCACAAAAGACCCCUGUCCAGCCACUCAGGAGCUGGCCCCCUGUGAGGACAGAAAUCCCUUCCCCAUCAAGCUCCGAUCCACCUCUCUGUCUCUGAAAUACAGAGACGGCUCUUCUUCAGAACUGAGAGGUAUAAAAAGAUACAGUGCUGAGAUCAGGUUAGAAAAAGGAGGACUCACUUUGCUCUCCAAAGAUGAAAAAUGUCAAAUUGGGGCAACCCCCAAUACUCGAGGAGCCCGGUCCCUGAAUGACCAGGGGAAAGUAAAGGCCCGGUCAUCGGAGCAGCUUAGCUCCAAACCGCCCCUGCCCAGAAAGCCCCUUCUUCAGGCCCUCACCCUCCCAUAUCCACCCACACCGUCUCUGGCGAGCCUGGGAGAACUGGAGAAGACCAUCACCCUGCAGGACUCUAAGAAGGAGAAUAAGACGGUGGAGAAAAAGUCAGCGCACAGAAUUGCCGAAAAGGGUCUGUCUCCUGCAAAUGUGGGGCCAGGAGCUGAUGGGCAGCCCAUGCCACCCUGGAUCACCAUUGCCCGGCAGAAGCGCCGAGGGGUCCCAGACCUGCCACCCAACCAGGAAGACAGGCUUGGGGUGUGGAACCUGAAGUCUGAAAUGGACAAGCAGCCCAAGGCCCCAGAGAGAGCCCAGGUGUCCACAAAACAAGGUGACUUUGUCCGCAGUAAAUCUUUCCUGAUAGCACCGGCUAAGCCCUCUGUGGAACGGAAGCAUGGGACAAAACUCAGCCUCAAAGAGGGAUUGCAAAGAGGGAUCUCACUGUCCCAUCAGAACUUGGUUCAGUCUGCAGGGAUGACGGAGAAAGAAUUGAACCAGCUGAAGAGGGCCAGUUAUGCCAGUGCAGAUCAGCCAUCCUGGAUGGAGCUUGCCAGAAAGAAAUCGCAAGCCUGGAGCGACAUGCCCCAGAUUAUAAAAUAG